UUGCGUAUCUCCGUCCCGUUCCGUCGACACUCGCGCACGUAUACCUCUCACUUUUCCUCAAGGCAUCGCGACCCCCGUCGCCGUGUGGUCAUAGGAGCUCAGUUCUGGCAGAUCGCUCACAACUAAAGCACGAUCAUGGCAGCAGUCCUCGGAAGGGUCUUCGUUUACGGUGGAAAGGGCGCACUGGGCACCGCCUGCGUCAAUACAUUCAAGUCUAAGAACUGGUGGGUUGGAUCAAUUGACAUGAAACAAAAUGAAUCAGCAGAUGCCAAUGUGCUUGUAAAUGUUGAAUCUGACUGGCUUGAGCAGGAAAAUAGUAUUUUAACUCAAGUAAAAGAAAUUCUUGGGGAUAACAAACUCGAUGGAGUAAUCUGUGUUGCUGGUGGUUGGGCUGGUGGCAAUGCUGCAAAUAAAGACUUUGUUAAAAAUAGUGACUUGAUGUGGAAGCAAAGUGUUUGGAGCUCUGUCAUAGCUGCUAAAAUUGCCUCUGAAUAUUUAAAAGAUGGUGGAUUCCUUUCCUUAACCGGUGCUAAAGCUGCCCUCGAAGGAACACCAGGAAUGAUUGGUUAUGGAAUGGCUAAAGCUGCAGUUCAUCAACUAACCAAGUCUUUGGCAACUGAAGGUAGCGGCCUUCCAGCUGACUCCUUGGUUGCUAGCAUCCUACCCAUCACCUUAGAUACUCCUAUGAAUCGUAAAUGGAUGCCAAAAGCUGAUACUACAACUUGGACUCCUUUGGAGUUCAUUUCCGAACUCUUCUGGAAAUGGUCACAAAAACAAGAAAGACCCGUCAAUGGUAGUCUCUUACAGUUAGUAACCAAAGAUAACAAGACAGAAGUUAUUCCUGCCUAAUUGACAAAUUAAGAUGCUUCAACGAAAUCUCAUGAAAUGAAAGUAAAAGUGCGCAUGACAAUACUUAUUUUUUAUAUAUUUUUCCAAAAACCUGCAGCAAUACUUAUGUAGACAAAGUCGAUGAAUAGUUGCAUUUAAUGUUCUUAUUUAUAUCAGACUACUAACUUAAGUAGUCAAAAUGAUAGGUGUCUAAAAACGACGUUAAAAUUAAUGCAUUUCCAGAAUUUAAUUGUUAUAAAAAUAUCUUCUAUAAUUGUAUAAAUUUUAUGAUGUGUAAGUUCAAAUACAAAAACAUUUUUGAUUACAAUAAAUCUA